AUGGUAUUGGCGGUACUGUAUUGUUAUAUAUUAAUAAAACCCUUAAUGAAUAAAAAUAAAAUAGGCUUAAUAUUUGAUAAAUAUGCUAAUUGGCUAUAUACAUUUAUAAAAGAUUGUUUUGACAAUGAAAAAUUUAUUUUAUAUAUAAAUAAGUUUAUAUAUAAGUUUACACUUACCAAUAAAAAAUUUCUUAACUCAAAAAUUGAUUACAAAUUUUUAAAUCUUUUUAAUAAAAUCUUGUUAAAAACAAUAAAAAUUUUAAAAGAGACAAAAUCAAUAAAUAUAAUUGUAAGUAAAAUUGCGUAUCCGAAUUUAUUAAUACAAAAUAAAUUAAUAAUAAAAAUUAAUAAUUUGAGAAAUACUAUAAUAUAUUUACCACAUAUUAAUGAUGUCCAAAUAAAUUUAAGUAAUGCAAAAGAUAAAUUUAUACAUUUGUCGUCAAAAAAUAUAGAAUAUGUCACUAACUUAGCUUCCCUUAUUAAAAAUAUAAAAAAAAUAGAUGUUUGUACUCAUGUCGGUAUGUAUUAUUCGGAUGAAAAAAUAAUUAUUAGAAAAAGAAAAUCUCAAAAAAAAACGUAA